AACUGAAGAAAUGUGACAAUUCAACGGUCAUUUUCAUGGCGAAGGGAAAACUGGUGCGAAAGGAGUUAUUCUGGGACUCCUUUGAGCCUCGAAACGCUGGAUCAAAAUGCUCAUAGUGGAGAAGACCACAGACUUCCCCUCUGCUGAGUUCUCCCUGGUGGAGGAUGUGGCUCUGCACUUCACCUGUUUGAUGGACAGGCUGAACGAGCAGCGCCUCUUCCAGCCUGACCUGUGUGACGUCGACAUCGUUCUGGUGCGUCAGCACAGCACCUUCCCGGCCCACAAGGGUGUGCUGGCCGCCUACAGCCCUUUCUUUCACUCCCUUUUCGCCCAAAGCAAACAGCUGCGGCGGGUGGACCUGUCGCUGGACGCCCUGACCUCUCAGGGCCUGCAGCAAAUCCUCAACUUCAUUUACACCUCCAAACUGCUGGUGAGCAGCCGCACUGUCCGCGACGUGCUCAACGCCGCUACCCUGCUUCAGAUGAGCGACAUUGCAGCCUCCUGUCGCGACCUCAUCAGCAGCCACUCGCUGAGAAGCACCUGCGCAGAUAUGGCCAAUCAGGAAGGGCUCGGCGGUGGUGACCCAGCUGCUGUAGCGAUGCCCUCCAGUCAGCUGUACUCGGAGAUAAAACAGGAGUCAGAGCUGGGGAGGGUGUACAAAAGGGAAGGCAGCAGCCCGUUCUCUGUUAGAGUGGAGGACUCAGGAAAGACGGCCUCCCAGCAGAAGCAGUAUUACCAGAAGGAGGACGGGGGGGCGAGCACAGGUGUGGCUGCUUUGUGCAAAGUUGAGAGCAAUGGGGAGGAGUCAAAGACCGCGGACGGCCACGCCUCCUUCAACAGAGACCAGAUCAUUGUUGAAGUCAACCUCAACAACCAGACACUUAAUGUGUCAAAGGGUUCGGAGAGCAAAUCGGCAACAGCCGCAGAGGCUACCAUGUUUGGACGUUGCCAUGACGAUGAAAGAGAUUCAGAAGACGAUGAGGACAACGAGGUGGAGAAUGAUGACACAGUUGGAGAAGAGGAUGAUGACCUGAACCUGAAGAGGGGGGACAUACUGGGUCAGAGCAGCGAAGAGGAAGAUGAAGAGGAAGAUGAGGAAGAGGAGGAGAACACCCUAAACAUUCCAGGCUUGGAGCAGCCGGCCAUGUUGGAUCGACCUCGCCGGGGCACCAGAGCCUUCGCCAUGGCGGGGACAACCGCCUCCAUGCGACAGACUCUUGCAGAGGCCACACUGGCCAACCAGCGGCAGGGCGGGAAGAGGACGCUGGAUGCGGAGAGCCUGGGCCAGAAAGUGAGGCUGGAGGAGAAGCAACAUUUCCCGUGUAAGAAAUGCCCUCGAGUCUUCAACAACCGCUGGUACCUGGAAAAACACAUGAACGUCACUCACAACCGCAUGCAGAUCUGCAACAACUGUGGGAAACGCUUCCUGCUGGAGAGCGAGCUGCUGCUGCACCAACAGACGGACUGUGAGAAGAGCAUCCAGUGCGUAACGUGCGGCAAGGCCUUCAAAAAGCUGUGGUCGUUACAUGAGCACAACAAGAUCGUCCAUGGCUACGCCGAGAAGAAGUUCUCCUGCGAGAUCUGUGAGAAGAAGUUUUACACCAUGGCUCACGUCAGGAAGCACAUGGUCGCCCAUACGAAGGACAUGCCGUUCACCUGUGAGACGUGCGGGAAGUCGUUCAAGCGCAGCAUGUCCCUGAAGGUUCACUCUCUGCAGCACUCAGGAGAGAAACCCUUCAAGUGUGAGAACUGUAGUGAGCGCUUCCAGUACAAAUACCAGCUGCGUUCCCACAUGAGCAUCCACAUCGGACACAAGCAGUUCAUGUGCCAGUGGUGUGGAAAGGACUUCAACAUGAAACAGUACUUUGACGAACACAUGAAGACACACACUGGAGAGAAGCCGUACAUCUGUGAGAUCUGUGGGAAGAGCUUCACGAGCCGACCCAACAUGAAGCGCCACCGCCGCACCCACACCGGGGAGAAGCCCUACCCCUGCGAGGUGUGUGGCCAGCGCUUCCGCUUCUCCAACAUGCUCAAGGCCCACAGGGAAAAAUGCUUCCGUGUCAGCAACCCCAUGGUUACCGAUGGCAACGACUCCCUCGGCCUCCAUCAGCCUCUGGCCUCACCUGUCGUGGACUCUUCCAGCCAGGUGCAGCUGGGGACGGCGCUCCCUGCCACGUCUGCGACCACACCCGCUGCUGCCUCAAGCCCACACCCCCUCCAUGGCACCCAGCUGUCUCUCCCCCUGCUGCACUCCAUGGGGGGGCUGCCUCCCACCCCUCAUUUACCCCCACCGCCUCCCCUGUUCUCUGCCGGUAGGAUGAACUCCAACAACUAACAAAUCUCUGUAGCAUCGAAAGCACUUUUGUUACUUUUGUUUUUCGUAGAGCUUUUAAGAGGACUCCUGCAGCAGGAGAGUGAUGCACCUCAGUGACAUUUACACUGAGGGGAAAAAACUUUCUGAAGGCUACACGGAGGCCUCAUGAAAAAACAUACAUACACCUUCCACAAUAAGAAAUAGUUAUUUUUUACUCUGUUAAAUACAAUAGAUAACCUCAGAGUCCAGUAGGACGUGUCGUCACCGCGCUUCUCUUUGAGUCUCACGACUCUGUUCUGGUUUCAUUUGGGAUUUUCCGCCACCACACACAUCUCUCCAGAGCCUUGCACAAUGCAUUGAUUGUAGCAUCUUUUACAAAGUGGGAGGGAGAGUUUCCUGAAUCCUCACUCAUACGAGGAGUCAUCAGUCGAGCGAGAACCACACUCUGAUGAGAUUUAAAUGUUUUAUUUUUGAUCGUUCUCUGCCAAUAUGUAGCGAGUGGUUCUGGUCUGACCCAGCAAUAACCAAAUGCUGACUUGUCUCUGAGCAUAUACAUGUAUAUGGCAUUGCCAGUAACCAAAUCCUGUUAGCUCACCUGUUAUAGUUAGAAAAUGUUAUACAGCAUUUAUAAUCGAUCCUGCACCUUACAUUUAACUCUAGUGAUAUUUAAAAUGUACUCCUAAUUGUCUCAAUUUUUAUAAUUGUGAUAGUGUGUAAUUCGUGGCACGUUACGUCAAUUUGUAAGGACGCAAGAGAAGUUGGGAUGCGUGGACAGUUGGCUGAGCAAUGCUGUGUGUGUGUGUGCGUGCUUGUGUGUGUGUGUGAGAGAGAGAGUGAGAAAUGAGGCAGAGAUGUGAGAUGAAGAUCUACGUUCAGCUAAUCAACGCUUUGAGCUUCCCCUGAGUUAGGAGAUGGAGUAAUUUGUUGACUCUCAUCUUUUGCUUACAUUAAGCAAGCGUGCUCCUCUCCGGUAGAUCUGGCUUUGAGACGGUAUCGCACUUUUCUGUGACUUGUUAGUAAAAACCUAAUGUACUCAGACCUACAGUAUAAUUGUAGGUUUAAAAAUCUAAUGUCAAUGUUAACUUACACUUCCCAACUAAACCUGAUCUGUGUAAUUAGUUUGCAGAGAGCGUAGGGAUAAUAAUAUUCACAGAAACCUGCUUACGUAGCUCAUUAAGUGUGCACAUUUCAUCCUGAUAUAUAUUAUAAAACAAUAAACCUUAUAUUCCAAUACCUAAAUCUCUCAAAGAGCACUGACAGUGAAAACUUUUAGCACAACAGAGCGCAUCACUAAAAGGGCUCCUUAUGAUUACACAACUAUUAUAAACUAAUCGAUUUCUUCUAUGAGUGAUCUGUAGAAGUUUGGGACAUGCAGUAUGUAACCCCCCUCCAACAUUUGUGGCUCUGUGUGCACUUUUGACAAUUACUUGUCAUCAAUCUACUGGAGUAAAACUGAAAGAAUAGAAUUGAAUCAUUGUCAGGAAAAAGUUUUCUUCUCUGACAUUUUGGGAAAUACACUUAUUUGCUGUCUUGCGGAGAGUUGGAUGAGAGGUUCGAUACCACUGUCUUGUCUUUAAGUUAAAUAUAAAGCUACUGCCAGCAGCUGGUUAGCUAAGUUUAGUACAAAGAGUGGAAACAGGGUGAAAUAGCCAGCUUGGCUCUGUCUAUAGUGAAAAAAAAUCACCUACCAAUGCCAAAAACUUAGUAAUUAACCUAUAAAAUCCUGUGGGUUUUAUCCAUUAAAAAAAAAAGAUUUUUAAAAACAGUAAUUUGUGUUUUUACUGGGGGUUAAAAAGAGUUGUAUUUUAGCUAGCCUGGCUCUGCUCAAAGGGAACAAAAUAUAUAAGUCCCUCCAGUAUUUUGUGGUAUUUUGGGGGAUUUUUGCGGCAUAAAAUGCCUGAUUUCACAGCAGCUUUUCUUUGCAAAAAAAAAUUGCAAUUCACGUUGCUAUGUUAGUGAAAGUUAUAAAAUUGCAAAAAAGUUUCUUUUUUUUUAUUAAUACUAUUUUGUAUAAUUCAUUUAAAAAAUGAAGACAACUUAUUUUAAACCAUGUUCAACAAUGUAUUCAUUAAUUUUCUAUACCUAAACUUUUAAACACAGUUAGUCACACAAACAGUCAACCACACCGCUAUCACUUUGUGAUGUACACAGUAACAUUUACAUUAACCGUCAUUAUUUAAUGUCAGUCACCUUGAUUAUUUCAGCACUUGCAAUAGACAAAUGCAACAUCCUCCGUCAUGGUGAUCGAUCUUCUAUGGUGUCCACACAUUUUAGCCAUUACCUGUUCUGUGUUUUGCUCGAUAAAAGUGUUUGUGUUUCACCACAAUGUGCAAGUGGUAAAAAGUUCACCACCACUUUCGUGCAGAACAUCAGGGCAUUUC